GUUGGGAAUACAAUGGUGUCCGCAAAGAACACAUCCACAAGCGCUUGACCAUCUGCCCCCGGGGAGGGAUGACCUGUAGAGCAACCUACUCCUCAGUAUGUGCACGCAAACGGAGCACAAUGGUUUUUGGACUUCGUUGUUCAGGGGGACCUUUUUGGGCCAGCUAUUUUCAUGCGACCCACUUGCGUUACAGACACUCGGGGAGCGGUCAACGUUGUUCCUCUCGGUACCGUCGUCUCGUGCGUGAAGACUUCUGGAGGUUUGCUCAAGCUGCACACUAACGGCAUGUACGACGAGUGCAGAUUGCCUAUCAGAGGUGUUGAAGGUGUGCUGGUGACCAUCAAGAGUUUCGCGGGGUACGACUCGAACAUGUCGUUGUGCUCUCACUUCAAAGGCCUUUACGAUGGCGGCAGCAAGCAUCUUCCAUCGCCAGAGCAAUAUCUCGAUCUGAUGGUGCCGAGAGAACGUCCGGUUCUUCCGCUUGAGCAUGUUUUCCAGCUUCUGCCACCCCGAGACGGGUCGUCCGGCUUGGCUCAAGAAACUCCGGGUACGACAGUGGGGCGCGGGAGUCCGAUUCAAGACGCUGGGGGUCGGGUCAAGGGACGCAGCGUUCACACGCAGGUCGGCUCGAAUGCUCCUAGGAACACGUCAGACUUGCAUUCUCUGGGUACAGUGACUCAACGGGUCGAUACUCCGAAACUUAUCAAGGUCCGCUGCGGCGCCGACACGUAUUCGCUUCGAGAUGAGACGAGAAGAGAUUCAAGCAGAUCGGGGCUAGAUGUUGGAGGGAAUGAGGCUGAMGGGAUGGGCGYUGUYCGCRRAAGCUCURGYGGGGAGCAGACUCCUUCGGAGAAGAAGAGCGAGCGACAGAGGAUGGUGCGAGAGGAGGUGGCGGAAGGAACCCUCCGCAUGAAGAGGAUGAGAGGAAAACCGAAGGCGGUGUUGGGCGGGGAUGGAGGUGGCGACGGAGAACGUGCCUCGGGAAAGAGGCCGACGAAGGAAGAGGGUGGGACGACAAGUAAGAAAGCGAGGAGGCCUGACGGUUUGACCAUCUGCGAAGGACAAGCCGCAGGUGGAGGAGAUUCGACUGAUCCAGGCGCUGCGCCCCUAGAGAACCUUCGGGGAAAUCAAAACAGAAAGUGGCAGCUGAAGAAGGCGAUGGCGAGAAGAAAACUCGAAGGCAGAAGACUGCUGAGGCGGCGAGGAGUGGCGAAGGGCCUGUCGGUAAGGAGUACGACGAAGCUGCAACGUUCUGGCUUGAAUAUGAGCGGAACGAUGUCAGUGAAAUCGUGGAGAAGGAGCUCCCCGUCCAACUGCUCAUCGACCCCAGGAAGGUGUGCGAGAUCCCGACUUGGGAAAGAUAUUACAACCACCGCAGUCUAAGUCGCGAAACUGUGGACGACAUCAAGGGUACGAUGCUGAGUCAAUUCUGUGAGAAAAAGGGGAAGAUCUGGACGAAAAACCCUCUGGUUUUGACACCCAUCU